AUGAGUAAAAAAUUUUUUCAUAAACGAAAGGCUGCAAUAAAAAAAAUAAACAUUUUUUCUUUAGAACGUCAGCAUAUUGUUUACUACUGUAUUUUGAAUUUUUUUAAAAUGUUAGGAUUAGCGCCGUUAAAAGUGAAUUUUUCAAAAAUUUUUAAAAAUAUUAAAAAUAAUAAUGUUUACCUGUAUGAAAUCUCCAAAUGCGUGUUUCUAUAUAACUCUUUUUUGGUAUUCGCUUUUUGUGUUUACAUUACAUUAGUUUUUAUAUAUGAUUUAUGGUUUGAUGAUUAUAAUAAUUCGAUUGCUUCUUUUUUUUUUGAUAGAAGUGCAACUUUGUUUGGAGUUAUCGGUUCUAUUUUCAUAUGGCUAUACUAUAUUGUCCACAAAUCAGCGAUAAUUGACAUUGUAAAUGAGUUGUACUCCAUAGAUAAUUAUCUGAAGAGCACGGGCAACUUUUAUUUUUUAGCAAAAAAUCACUAUCUCUACUCUGUAUUCAUUGGAAAUUUUAUAAUGAACGGAUGUAUAAUUUUUGUCCAAAUUAUUUUUUAUCCUCCGAUUUCAAUGCUGGCGUGGGCGGUGCCCUGUGCUAUAAGUAGUUGGGUCCUAAUACAGUAUUCUUUAGUGAUUUACAUUAUUUUCCAAAGAUGUAAAUGUGUCAAUAAAACGAUUCUAAGAAUUAGUGAUAUAAGUACACAAUUUGAAACAAUUGCUUUAUCUAUCACAAAGAUUCCAAUUUGUAAAUCAGUUAUUGUCGAUAUCACAAAUAUUCAAUACAUCAAUAUCAAAGUGUGCAAACUUUGCGGAAAAGUUGUUGAUUUUUAUGCAUUCCCAGUGUUAAUAGCUGUAGUGUAUUUUAUGACAGUAGCUGUAGUUAAUUUAUAUUAUACGAUGGUGUCACUCAAUUUGAUCAAUUAUCGAGAAGUUUCAUUAUUGCCUUACAUAGACUGUGGAUUGACAUCUGUACUGACUAUUUUUAAUUUUGUCAUCUUGACAACAAAUGUCACUAAAAUUACUCGAGAAAUUAAUAAUACGGCCGCUUAUAUUCAUUUACUUUUGGACCGCUGUACGAUGAGUUUAGAAGUUAAAAAAUCGUUACUUGAAUUUUCAGCCAAUCUUUUAUAUAGAAAUAUUGAAUUUGGUUCUUAUGGAAUCAUAGUGUUAGAUGGUUUUCUGUUGCAAUCGAUUUUCGGUACAAUUGUGACGUAUCUUAUUAUACUCAUACAAUUC